UCAUGGGAUCCUGUGGCUCCACUUUUUGACAGCACUGUGAUUUGGGGGUUUUGGGCCAUCUCUCCCGGCGACAUGGCGGUAGAAAGCAUCGCUCCUGACUGGGAGUUUGACCGUUUUGACGACGGUUCCCAGAAAAUACACACAGAGGUUCAAAUGAAGCAAUACAGCAAGUUUCUGGAAGAGUACACUUCUCAGCUGAAGGGAAUCGAAGAGGCUCUGGACGACUCCAUUGGUGAUGUCUGGGAUUUCACCCUCGACCCCAUCGCCCUCAAGCUUCUCCCCUAUGAGCAGUCCUCCUUACUGGAGUUAAUUAAAACAGAUAACAAGGUUCUGAACAAAGUCAUCACAGUUUACGCCGCUCUUUGUAGUGAAGUCAAGAAGCUCAAGUAUGAGGCAGAAACCAAAUUCUACAACGGCUUAUUGUACUAUGGAGAGGGAGUGUCAGACACAAGUGUUGUUGAAGGGGAGUCUCAGAUACAGAUGGGUAGAUUCAUCUCAUUUUUGCAGGAACUGUCUUGCUUUGUGUCCAGAUGUUAUGAAGUGGUGGUCAGCAUCGUCCACCAGCUGGCUGCCCUCUACAACAGCAACAAGGGAGCUACAAAAAUCAUUGAGUCGUCGGGCGUCCACUUCCAGAUCGUGUAUGAACACCUGGGGGAGCUCUUGGUGGUGCUGCUCACUCUGGAUGAGAUUAUGGAAAAUCACGGCACGCUAAAAGAUCACUGGAAGAUGUACAAAAGGCUAUUGAAGUCUGUACAUCACAACCCUGGCAAGUUCUCUAUUCCUGAAGAGAAGCUGAAGCCGUUUGAGAAGCUGCUUCUGAAGUUGGAGGGACAGCUUCUGGAUGGCAUGAUCCUUCAGGCGUGUGUGGAGCAGAGGUUUGACGACCCCGGGGAAGGAGUAGCUGUUGCCAAAAACAGUGCCUUUGCGGAGGAGUUCGCCUUCAACAUUCGCACCAUAUUCACAAGCAUCGAGUCCAAAAUUGGUGAGCCGUCAGAAAUUGACCAGAGAGAUAAAUAUGCUGCCGUCUGCAGCCUGUUUGUGCUGCACUUUCACAUUUUCAGGAGUGUUGACAAAAAGCUGUUCAAGGCCCUGCUCGAUGUCUGUAAAAAGGUUCCGGCUGUCACUCUGAAUGCAAACAUCAUCUGGUUUCCCGACACCUUCCUCACCUCAAAGGUCCCGGCUGCAGCUAAACUGAUGGAUAAGAAGAGCUUACAGGUCAUCCGAGGACAGAGGGACACCUACCUGCAGCAGAGGGCUCAGACCUUAACAAAGGAUGUUCAGUCCUACUAUGUGUUUGUAACUUCAUGGAUGAUGAAGAUGGAGUCCAUCUUAUCUAAAGACCAUAAAAGUGACAAGUUGGCAGAAGACCUCAACAGCAGGUGUAAUGUGUUCGUGCAGGGCAUCCUGUACGCCUACAGCAUCAGCACCAUCAUCAAGACCACCAUGAACAUGUACAUGUCGAUGCAGCGGCCGAUGACCAAGACCUCGGUCAAAGCUCUCUGUCGCCUCGUUGAGCUGCUCAAAGCCGUGGAGCACACGUUUCACCGGAGGUCCAUGGUUGUAGCCGACUCCGUCUCGCACAUCACUCAGCAGCUGCAGUCGCAGGCCCUCAACGCUAUCGGCACCGCCAAAAAACGGGUGAUCUCUGACAAGAAGUACAGCGAGCAGCGGCUGGACGUGCUGUCGUCGCUGGUGCUGUCAGAAAACGCCCUCAGUGGACCCAGCACAAAGGAGCGGCGUCUCGUCGUGUCUCUGGCGCUGUGUGUUGGCACUCAGCUGAAAACCUUCAAAGACGAAGAGCUGCUUCCGCUGCAGCUUGUGUUGAAGAAGCUGGAUCUGAUUAGUGAGCUGAGUGAACGGGUGAAGCUGCAGUGUGACUGCAGUUUCCUGUACUGGCACAGAGCUGUGUUUCCCAUCUACCUGGAUGACGUGUAUGACAACGCUGUGGACGCAGCACGGAUACACUACAUGUUUAGUGCGCUACGGGACAGUGUGCCGUGCAUGCUGCACACCAAACACAUGGAGUCAUGUGACCAGCUCCUGGAGAGCUACGACAAAGAGAUCAUGGACGUGUUUAAUGAGCACCUGCUUGACAAGCUCUGUAAGGAGAUCGAGAAGGACCUGCGCCUCUCUGUUCACACACACCUGAAGCUCGACGACAGGAACCCUUUUAAAGUGGGCAUGAAGGACCUGGCCCACUUCUUCUCUCUGAAGCCCAUUCGAUUCUUCAACCGCUUCAUUCAUAUUAAAGCCUAUGUGACCCACUAUCUGGAUAAAACUUUCUACAACUUGACCACUGUCGCGCUGCAUGACUGGGCCACCUACAGUGAGAUGAGAAACCUUGCCACGCAGCGCUAUGGGCUCACCAUGACGGAGGCACACCUGCCGAGCCAAACUCUGGAGCAGGGUUUGGAUGUGUUGGAGAUUAUGAGGAACAUCCACGUUUUUGUCUCACGGUACCUUUACAACCUCAACAAUCAGAUCUUCAUAGAGAAGGCAAGCAACAACAAGCAUUUGAACACCAUCAACAUCCGUCACAUCGCCAACUCCAUCCGCACCCACGGCACGGGGAUCAUGAACACCACUGUAAAUUUCACCUACCAGUUCCUGCGCAAGAAAUUCUACAUCUUCAGUCAGUUUAUGUAUGACGAGCACAUAAAGUCCAGACUCAUCAAAGACAUUCGCUUCUUCAGAGAGACGAAGGAUCAGUCUGAUCAGAAGUACCCGUUUGAAAGAGCAGAGAAGUUCAACCGCGGCAUCAGAAAGCUCGGGAUCACUCCCGAUGGGCAGAGUUACCUCGACCAGUUCAGGCAGCUCAUCAGUCAGAUCGGUAACGCCAUGGGCUACGUGCGAAUGAUCCGUUCUGGAGGCCUCCACUGCUGCAGCAGUGCUAUCAGAUUCGUCCCAGACUUGGAGGAUAUUGUCAACUUUGAGGAGCUGGUGAAAGAAGAAGGCUUGUCAGAGGAAACCCAGAAAGCUGCAAGCGUCCUGGAUUCCGUUUUGGGAGAUCUGACCAGCAACUCUGCCGAGGGGACCGAGUACUUUAAGAAGCUCGUGGCCGUAUUUGCACCCGAGUUUCGCAGCGCGAAGAACAUGCACCUGAGGAACUUCUACAUGAUCGUGCCCCCGCUGACUGUGAAUUUCGUGGAGCACUCAAUCAACUGCAAAGAGAAACUCAACAAGAAGAACAAAAGUGGAGCUGCGUUCACAGACGACGGUUUUGCAAUGGGCGUGGCGUACAUCCUGAAGCUGCUGGAUCAGUAUCUGGAGUUCGACUCUCUGCACUGGUUCCAGGCCGUCAGAGACAAAUAUAAGAAAGAGAUGAACGCGGUGGUGAAGGAGCAGAACGUGCAGUCCGCCAGUCAGGACGAGAAGCUGCUGCAGACCAUGAAUCUCACCCAGAAGAGGCUGGACAUCUACCUCCAGGAGUUUGAGCUUCUCUACUUCUCUCUGAGCAGCGCCCGGAUCUUCUUCAGAGCCGACAAGACUGCUGCCGAGGAGACUCAGGAGAAGAAAGACAAAGAGGAAGCAGCUAAAGCCGGAGGUUCUGCAGACGGCUCGACCCCGCCUGACCCCGCCUCCAAGUGAGCCUUCCCGCCCCGGAACGGAGCGGAGCGGCGCCGCAGAGCGAGGGCAGCACGCACACCAGAGGAGCUCCGGCUGCACACAUGGUUCAGGGAUAAAACUGAGACCGUCAACUCCAUUAGAGAAAGAAUGUCUACUUCUACAAGUGUCUUUUAUUUUUAUUUUUUUUGUUUCCUAUCCACAGAAACAUCCAUGUAACCUCCCAGUUCUGUCAACAGCUUCAAUAACUUUAGAGUUUGUAGCAUUUCCUCAAGCAAACGGCGCCCGGAGACGAACCGCUGUGACUAAUUCUUCAUUUUGAUACUCAGUCUACACGGACUGGAUUAUUUUUCUACAGUAGAAGCUUCGGCUGCGUGUUUCGUCUCUGCUGAUCAGAGACGAGUGCAGCCAUCUGCAUCCUUGUUUUUAGUCUUACUGAAUCUGCUGCCUCUGCGCCGGCGUGUGAUUUAACUGAAGCUCUGUGAAGAGUUCAUGAGAAUGUUUGCAUCGUACGAUCUUACGUUCAUGUGCCAUCUUUGUGUACAAUUUCUUUUUUGUGCAUCGAUUUUCUACAUUGUCUAAAGGUGUGUACGUGCCUUUCUGAACUGCAUAUUUCUUUAGAAAUAAUACGUCAUUACAGGACUAAAGUUAAUUAUUUUUCUGCUGCACUGGAUGUGUAUCAUCGCAUUGUUUCCUAAUUUUGUAUCGAUCAACAUGUGGUACAUGUGAAAUUACAUUCCUUGAAUAACUUAAAAAAAAAAAGUCAUUGAAGACUAAUAAAUGCACUUUGA